GCCACAUCUGAAUGUUGCCAGAAAUGGGGAAGCGCGUGCAUCUCUUGGUUCUUAUUGCCGUGGCUUUGAUAACAUACGAAACGCUGGCAGUGAAAACAAGAGGAAAUACACGCUUGAAAAAUCAUAACUCCAGGAGUGCAAAAAGACAAACUAUCAUCACAUGCUGCGGAGCUACACCCUGCUCGGAAACGGCUUCAAAAAGAUUAACCAGUUCCAGCACACAGAAUAAAUCAAAUUCAACAUUUUCAACAACAACAUCCCCUAUACCUACUUCGGAGGAAACCGAGAUGUCUGGAACUGAAACAAUCACUGAAAAAGUAACUUUGGAAGCUGAAACAACAAGCGAAGAGCCUGCAUCGGAAACAAGUCUAGAAUCCACAUCGACCACCAGUACAACAUCUACGUCAACAACCACAACUUCAACUACUACCACAACUCCAACUUCCACAUCAACAACAACUAGGCCUCCAACAAAGGAGGAAUUACUGCUUGGAACGUGCGAAACGACAUUUGAAAAAGACCCAAUCUUAUUUACCAAAGAUGGGAUUAUAAAAGACCCGGAAUCACAAGGCUUUUGGGUGCAGUCAUGCGGCCAGCAGUUUCUUUUUGGAAAAUCUUUGGCUACUUGGCGAGAAAAUUUCAUAAAAUGCUACAAGAUCGGAAUGGAGCCCCUAACUUUUGAAAGCGCAGCAAAGUUAGAAUGUUUUUCCAAACUAGUUUCCACGUGGAAGUACAGUUCGAAUUACUGGACUUCAAGUUUAAGGGUGAACGAAAGUGAAUUUUCGUGGUGCACCAAGAACGGAUCGUUCGCAGUGGACAGAGCGAAACUGCCCUGGGCGGCAGGUCAGCCCCAAAAUGUCAACAACUCUGAAAACUGCGUGCACCUCAACAUUGAAAAAUCAAACGCUACUUUCUCAUUCACGGACAGAAUGUGCACCGACCAACUAAUAUUCGGCUGCCAAGGGCCACCAACACCAGCACCCCCAUGCUCAAUGCCCACAUGUCCAAAUAUAACUUGUACUAAAAACACUGCGUUGUAUACAACAUCGGGAAGUUCUCAAUACUUGACUCUUCCAAGUUCGCACGGAAGUUGGUUUACCUAUAACGGCAGAUCAUUUCUCUUCAGCACCAUAAAUAAGACUGAAACUUAUACUGGUGCGAUGCAGGCGUGUUGUGGAAUUGGAAUGACUUUAAUAAGUUUAGAGUACGACUAUAAAUACAAAUCGUUAAUCGCGGCAAUUAAAGACAAUUCCAAUUUAAGUGAUUAUUACUGGACGUCCGGAAGCGACCAAGGUUGCGAGUCGAAUUUCGGUUAUUGCACGGCAAAGAGAAGUUUGCGCCAAGAAGCCAUUUGGGCUUCUGGUCAACCAGACAAUGCUGAUGGAAACGAGAGCGCCGUUGUGGUUUUUGUCAAUCAGAACAACGCUCAGUUAUACGACUUCAACGAGGAGUCCAAAUUCAGAUACAUUUGCGAGGCAAGAGAUACGUCGAAAUCAAAGUCUGGUGGAACUGCUGUGAGAGAUGAGUGCGCUGCAAUUUACAACGUCAGCCAGGCUGAAAUUGACACUUUAUUGAAUCCAUCCGUUCCAAAGGAUUUAAGGAUGAAGUGCUUCAUUAAAUGCCUUGGAGAGAAUUCAAACCUUAUGGUCAAUGGAAAAUUUUUGGAGAACGAAGUCUUUGCGAUUUUGGAGAAAAUGGCUGCAGGCAAUGUGUCGGAGUUGCAAAAUAACAUGGGAGUUAUGAAUGACUGCGGGACCUCGAGUGCUGGAAUGGACGAGUGCGACAAAGCGUCACAAAUGAUUAAGUGCAGCAGCGAGAAAGCCCCUGAGGUUCUGAACGGCAUCGUUUCAGCAAUGGACCAAUCCAUGCCAAUUGCACCUGCUCCAUUGCCUCCUCAAGCGGUUUGCAGUUACGGCCCUUUCCCAUGCACCGUUGCUCCAAGUCUUGCUCAGGAAGUGGCAAAUUGCACCGGGAAUUGCUCAAUAUCUGACGGAUAUGUACAAAAUUUGUGUGGCACAAAAUAUUUAUUUGUGGCGGCCGUGAUGUACAAUUCUCAAGCAUAUGAUAAUUGUUGUCGACACGGAAUGAAACUGGCCUCAAUUGAAUCUGUCAAUGAAAUCAACUGCAUUGCAGGUGCAAACACGCCUACGAUAGGUUCUUGGCAUUGGGUCGCUGCUAGCAAAGUCAACGGUACCACUCCACGCUGGUGCACCUCUAAUGUCCCAUAUUCGACAGAGGGAUUUUCUGGUGCUUAUGACACCCAAAAUAUUCCUUCCGACAAUGCAUAUGUCCUAACACCAAAUUCCAAGGCAUUUAGCGUUACAUCUGAUACCCAACGCUAUGUGCUAUGCAAAGCGCUUUAAUAAUUUUUGCUUCAAAUUUAAAUGCCUUAAACUCUUAUUCACUGCAAAUUCGGAAACAAAAAUUCUAAAAAUCGCACUUAAUCCCUCUUUAUCCUUGAAGGCUGUAGACAAAUAUUGGCAGUUUUAAAUGGCAAAUAAGAAAAUCAAUUUUUGUGAAACUUGAUUUGAAACUUGACUGAUUCAGAAACAAGUAAAGUCUAAAUAUCGCCUUUAAAAAUAAAAUUUAUUUUGGAUUUUGACUGCUUAAACUUUCAAAUAUAAAAUUCAAGAAUCAAUUUGAGGGAAAAAAUUCUCAAAAAUUUUUUCAGCAAGUUACAAAUAUCCCCAUAAUAAAAAUACAACAAAAAUUAUAUAAAUGUUAGAAAAAAAUAUUGGUGGAUAUGCAUGGAAAUAAAUUUUUGUUAAGGUGGUGUAGGUGUAGAGUUUUCAAAAAUUAUAUUUCAUACAUAUAUCACCUUGACAUUAACACAAACUGGCAAAUUUGGU